AUGCACAACCUGGUGGUCUGCAGUGCAACAGACCCAAAUGAUCCCACUCACAGCGCCAUGUUCUCUGAUUUCAAGAAGAUAUCAUCAAUGCUCAUGCCCAUGGAAACUCAAACUGCUAUGGGAAAUAUAUUUCUGUCGUGCUUCCAGCUGGAAGAGCGUUUGAAUUGUCUGUCCAUGAGAACGACGCCCACAACAGAGACCAAAUCGGGGAGGCCGGAGUCAAGCUCGGGCUUGGGACCUGUCUUUACUGACCACGACCGCAUACACCACAAACAGGUCCAGGAAGAGGCGAAGCUUGCUGGAACCUCGCCUAAUAAAGACGGUGCUUUCCAUGACGAAGUCGUCGGGUGGAUUAAGCAAAAGACUCAAGAAGCGCAACCAGGAGACAUGGUCAAUCUCUUUUUUUUCAAGGCCACGGAUUCCCCGAAAGCAUCUCGCUCGGCAAAAAAGGUAAUCAACAACAAUGAUUCGGUGCCUCUUCUUCAGCGAUUUUGUAAAGGAGUGCAGGUAAACGCAGUGCGCCUGUACUCAAAUCGCCAAUUUGGCAAGCUUGUGGACGCAAUCCGCCAUGAUAAAUGGCAUAAUGGACGUAUGACUGCCGGCGAACGGCAUGGUCAGUGCCGUUUUGCUACUACGCGCCGUUUGAGUGGGAUGUUUAAGGAUCUCGCGAACUCAAAAAGGCCCCACACAGUCGUCGAUCCAGCCUGA